CCUGCGGCCGGUGAUUAAACAACGGUAAAUAAUUGGAGCAAUAUAUAAAUACAAGAAGCCAGAGAGAGAGAGAGGAGGGGGAGAGAGAGAAAUGAGGGAGAAGUUAGGCUUAUUGAUCUUCUUAGCUUGCAUUUGGGCGAGCUCUGUCAAUGGCACCACUGACCAAUCUGAUGUUUCCUGUCUCAAUAACUUGUUCACUAGCCUGAAUUCUCCGGGCCAACUAAAUGGUUGGAAAGCAAGUGGUGGUGAUCCCUGUGGGGAGUCAUGGAAAGGCAUUACAUGCUCUGGAUCAUCGGUUACGGAAAUAAAAUUGUCAAAUCUUGGACUUUCCGGGACAUUGUCCUACAAUAUGGACACUAUGAAUUCUGUAGUUGAGCUGGACAUGAGUGGCAAUAGCCUUGGAAAUGGAGGCCAAAUUCCAUAUAAUCUUCCCAAGAACCUUAAACGGCUAAAUCUCGCUAAUAAUCAGUUUGCUCAAGGCAUUCCUUACUCAGUUUCACUGAUGCCGAAUCUUGAAUACUUAAAUCUGGCUCACAAUCAACUUCAGGGGAAUUUAACUGAUAUGUUUGGAAGCCUUCCCAAUCUUAAAACAAUGGAUCUGUCCUUCAAUUCUAUCACAGGUGAUCUUCCUCAAAGCUUUAGCACACUAUCGAGCUUAGCUACCCUUUAUUUGCAGAACAACCAGUUCACAGGUUCCAUAAAUGUUCUUACCAGUCUGCCCCUUAAUGAUCUGAACGUGGCAAAUAAUCAUUUCUCUGGAUGGAUUCCUGACAAGUUGAAAAAGAUAAAUAAUCUUCAGACUGAUGGUAACUCAUGGAGCUCGGGGCCCGCGCCUCCCCCUCCCCCAUUUACUAGCCCUCCACCAGGCCGUAAAGUCAAGCCCGGUCAUAGUUCUGGAGGUGAAAAAAGUAAAUCCAAAGAUGGAGGCGGUAAAAGUUCGGGUAUAGGUGGUGGAGGUAUAGCAGGUAUCAUUAUAUCACUUUUGGUUGUCGGUGCAAUAGUAGCAUUCUUCUUGGUGAGGAGAAAGAAAAAGAAAUCAUCCAUCAGAGAACAUCAUGAACAAGAUGAGCCUUUUACGCCUCUUGCUUCUAAUGAAGUUAAAGAGAUGAAGUCUGUCCAAACGACCUCUACAAUUAACACAACAGCAUUUCCACCAGCUGCUCCUAUUAACCUUAAACCACCUCCAAUUGACCGGCACAAAACAUAUGAAGAAGAGGAGUUCUCUCCCAAGCCUGUUGUGAGGAAAACUAAACCGUCUGCUUUAAAAGCAACAGCAUAUUCGGUUGCAGAUCUGCAGGUGGCUACAGAUAGUUUCAGCUUAGACAAUCUUAUUGGAGAAGGGUCAAUUGGACGCGUAUAUAAGGCUCAAUUUAAUGAUGGAAAGAUUCUGGCUGUGAAGAAAGUAAACUCUUCUGCAUUACCCAACAACUCCUCUGAGGACUUCAUUGAUCUCGUAUCGGACAUCUCCCGGUUGCACCAUCCAAAUCUGACUGAGUUAGUGGGCUAUUGUUCCGAACAUGGACAACAUUUACUAGUUUAUGAGUUUCAGAAGAAUGGGUCACUGCAUGAUCUGCUUCAUCUCUCUGAUGAAUACAACAAACCUUUGAAUUGGAACACUCGGGUCAAGAUUGCACUUGGUACUGCACGAGCACUAGAGUAUCUACAUGAAGUUUGUUCUCCAUCUGUUGUACACAAAAACUUCAAAUCCGUCAACAUCUUAUUGGACAUGGAGCUGAACCCUCACCUUUCAGAUAGUGGACUGGCAAGUCUGAUCCCUGAUGCAGAACACCAGGCAUUGGAUCAUAAUAUGGGAUCUGGAUAUAGUGCCCCAGAGGUUGCCAUGUCUGGUCAAUACACACUCAAGAGCGAUGUUUACAGCUUCGGUGUGGUCAUGCUUGAGCUUUUAACUGGGCGAAAACCUUUUGAUAGCACAAGGCCAUGGUCAGAGCAGUCGUUAGUCCGAUGGGCAACUCCUCAGCUCCAUGACAUUGAUGCAUUGGACAAGAUGGUUGACCCGUCUCUAAAGGGACUCUACCCUGCAAAAUCUCUCUCUCGGUUUGCUGAUGUCAUCGCCCUAUGUGUUCAGUCGGAGCCAGAAUUUAGACCACCCAUGUCAGAGGUCGUGCAAGCAUUGGUUCGGUUGGUGCAGAGAGCCAACAUGAGCAAGAGAGUGCUCGGUGGGGAAGGGCAUGAUUCAGCUCGACGGCUUGAUGACAACGAAACACAAGACUACAUGUACUAAGUGCUUGACUCUGGCUUUUGUUUCUUCCCGACAUAUGUAACAAAGAUUUGUUACUCUUGUGUAUUGAAAAUACAUUUACGCGGAAAUAUAGGAAAAUAGAGUUUUGCUCUUGAAUGCGGUGGAGAGAAGAGAGUCUGGACUCUUUUGAACGUACCCUUGUAAUCAAAUAUAUAAUUACCUUGUGAGAUCGUCUUUUACGGUUGAGUUGAUUCUUUUAUUCAGACUGCACCAGCAUGCGUGUGUUAUUUGA